AUGGUGGCCUAUAUAAUCGCGAACAGUGUUUCUUUUGCUUUUCCAGAUAAAGUAAAAGCGAAUGCGUCACUGAUUGCUGAAACUAUUGAGCAGAUCGAUAAACUUGGUUCGGAACUUGAUUCCUACUGUAACGCAACGCCUGUACCUGUAGCACAGCAAACGAUUCACAUUCGUUCGGGUAGCUGUAAGCCUCCACCACCUCCAGAACGUCGUAAUUCAACAAUCACUGCGGCAACACCAACAGCUCCAUCAGUGGCCGAGAUACGAGCAGCUGGUGGCACCGCAGGUUCAUCUGAUUAUGCAUCAUCAAUUGCUUCAUCUGGUGAAUUUGGUCGCGACCAGUUUUCAAUGCGAUACAUUUAA